CUAUCAUAAUCAAAAUGGCGGUUGUGGAAGACUUUUGUUUCCUUUGUUAGAAAGCUUCGAGGGAAAAGUGGAGCUUCGCCAGAAAUGCCACGUGGAGUAAAAAUUGAACGACCGGUUCCCGCUGAAUCAGUUGAGCCUCUUCAGGCCUCUACUGUUGUUAUUCUUCACCCUGGUUCCACCUUGAUGUGGCUGGGACGUGCUACUGACUACCUUCCACAGAGCAUUCCUCAUGUCAUUGCCUGGAGGAAACCUCCACAGUGCAAUGUUGACAUUCCAGAUCAAACCUUACUUGUCAGGGAUGGACUUGAUCAUCCUGACAGUGAAACACAGAAAGAACUUGCAUUAAGUGUGAUUGAACAAGCAAUAUGGUCAAGGAAAGCUUCACCUGGAUCACGGAAACAUCAAACCACAGUUUCACAGGUUGCAGCUUUUAAUGCAAAGAUUGAAGCUGAACAUCAUCGUGAUGAGGAGUCAUCAAUCAAGUGGACAGACACAAGUUCAGCACCUCCUGUUGUAGCUGGGGAAGCUGCCCUCUACAUUCAUCCAGAUGAACCAUACUCACUUCAUUGGCCAAUGAAAGGGGGACAUCUGAACCUACAUAGUGGGCCAGGGGGAUCACUCACUGCUGUAUGUGCUGAUCUGGAGGCCUUGUGGGCUUAUGCUAUUCAAACAUGCUUGACUAUCCCACUGCGAGAUCUGGGGUACUAUCGCGCAGUUCUCGUGGUUCCUGAUUCUUUAGAUAAGAACCACAUCAAAGAGAUGAUGAACAUCCUCCUUUGUAAACUUGGUUUCUCAUCUGUUAUCAUUCACCAGGAGUCAGUAUCCUCUGUGUUUGGUUGUGGAUUAAGUGCUGCUUGUGUUGUUGAUGUUGGAGAUGAGAAGACUAGUAUUUGUUGUGUAGAAGAUGGCUUAGUCAUCCCUAGUUCACGACUGUGGCUUCAGUAUGGAGGAAGAGACAUAAGCAGAGCCUUUUUCUGGCUUCUAAGAAGGGUCAACUUUCCCUUCAAAGAGUGUGAUUCCAAUAACAGACUUGAUGUACUUCUUCUACAUGAGUUAAAGGAAACGUUUUGCCAUCUUAGUCAGGAUAUUGUUGGUGGUCAAGUGCAUGAGUUUCAAGUUCAUCGUCCUUUUGAAACUCCUCGUUCAUACCAGUUGAAGAUUGGAGAUGAAGCAAUUGAAGCACCAAUGGGAAUGUUCUUCCCUCAGUUGUUUGGUAUUGUUGGUGAGAACUUGGUUUACACCAAAGAUCCCCAGUAUGACGACCCAGAGGACUUGUGUGAUGACAAAUACCUGCUUGAGUCUCAGAGAGGGCAGGAUCAGUCCAGUAAGCAGUCAUCUGGUUCAAAGAUUGGACCCAGUACUGAGACAGUCCCAGAUGCCGAGCAGAAUAUGACAACCACUAUGAGGACUGGUAACAAGGAGAUGAAGUUUGUCUCUGAGAAGAGUUUGGGUCUAGAUCAAGCAAUAUUACACAGCAUUAAUUCUUGUCCUCCUGAAGAAACAAAGCGUAAAAUGUACAGCUCAGUUUUGCUGAUUGGGGGUGGUUUCAUGUUUAAUGGUGCUGCAGCUGCCUUACAGUCACGUUUACAAGCCAAGUUACCACAGUCUCACCGCAAACUUGUUGAUCAGGUUGAGGUGAUUGCAAGACCUAAGGAAAUGGAUCCUCGGACAAUUUGUUGGAAGGGUGGUGCAGUGCUAAGUAUCUUGGACUCUGCUCAAGAACUGUGGAUAAGCCAACGCGAAUGGAUAUCAAUUGGAGUCAGGGUACUCAGGGAAAGAUCCCCUUUCAUCUGGACAAUAUGUAAUUAAAUGUAAUUAGUACUUCAUGUGGUAGAAAAGCACUUCAAUCCCUCAAUUAACUCUUUAUACCUUGACAUCGGUAUUCGUAAUCUUCAUACUGUCCUCUACACAUUUCCUAGGGUGCUGACAAGGAGAGUUUAAUUUACAAUCAGGAGCUUUUUUUAGUUGUUGAUCAUUUCCGUUAUUCUCAUGACCUUAAU